CGUGCGCCGGGGAGGCGGCGAGGCCGGCGGAGCUGCGGGAGGCGGCGAGCGGCGCGGGGCUGCUCCGAGCCUUUCGGUGUUCCCUUCGCUGCUGGGCGGCGGUGGCGUGGCCGUGAACAUGGAUUCACAGAAGGAUGUUCAGCCUCCAAAACAGCAGCCAAUGAUUUAUAUUUGUGGAGAAUGUCAUACAGAAAAUGAAAUAAAGGCAAGAGAUCCUAUCAGGUGCAGAGAAUGUGGCUACAGAAUAAUGUACAAGAAAAGGACAAAAAGAUUGGUAGUUUUUGAUGCUCGAUGAUGCCUGCUGAAGACAGUGACUUCAUGAUGUAAUCUUUCUGAUAACUUUGCUCUGUAAAACUGUUUGUAAAUGCACGCUCUUAUUUGUUUUAAGAGAUUGAAGUAAUAAAGUUUACUGUAAUACUAAA